GACAGAAAUAAACAAACCAUCUGUCAGUCAGUUUUCUUCGUCGGUGUUCCUUUUCGCCACAUUUAAUCGUCUUUUUGGAAUGUUCUCACAUGUUCUGAGCCACUCAGCGAGCGAUGAAUGAAGCCGGCUUUCAGGGGACCGGUGGAGGUUCUGUUGAUUGCGGGCCGCUCGGAGGAUGGGGCCGAGGCUGAGCGGGGAUGGUGAGGCGUCCGUGUCCCGGUUCCUCCUCUGCCUGCUGGCUGUGUUAGCGAGCUGCCACGGCCUCUGCAAACACCGAGCCCCGUCUCGCAGUGAGGUUGUCCAUCAGGUGUACUUAAAGCCUGAGAGGCUGACCAAGAGAAGCUCUCCUGACGACCUUCACCUGAAGAUAAAGAUCAUCUAUGACCACAGUGUUGACCAACUUCCUGCAGACAAGCGAAGGCUGGUGAAGGACAAACUGUUUCCUCAGGCCAUUGACUACCUGCAGCGGGCCUUCAGUGUGAGGCGCAGGGUCGGACCCAUUCUGCUCAGCAGGCAGUGUGCAACCAACCAGUACCUGAGGAAAAGAGAUGACCCGCAUCGCUACUGUCAGGGCGCCUGUGCAGAGGUCACCCGCUGCGGCCCUGUUACUGUACCACAGCACCACCUGCAGCAAUGUAAAGUGUGCAGUGAGUCGGGGAAGUCCUGCGGCCCCUCAGGCCCCCCAGACGGUCCCGGGGUGGAGGCCUCCGACUUUGUGCUCUAUGUCAGCGGCGUCACCACCGAGCGCUGCGGACAGGAGAAUAUAGUCGCUUAUGCUGCUUACUGCCAGCUGGAGGCGCUGCUGGACAGGCCGAUCGCCGGCUAUGCCAACCUGUGUCCUGCUAUGAUCUCUCCUCAGCCUCAGGAGUUUGAAGGGAUGCUGUCCACCGUCAAACAUGAGAUCAUCCACGCUCUGGGAUUCUCAGCGGGUUUGUUUGCCUUUUAUCAUGAUGACGAUGGAAAACCCCUGACGCCACGCUUUGCCAGCGGUCUGCCCGCCUUCAAUGAGAGCCUGGGUUUGUAUCAGUGGAGCGAGGCAGUAAUCAGGAGGGUUACCAGGCUGUGGGACAUCAGAGGAGGGGUGAUGGUCCGACACCAAGUGCAUGUCCUGGUUACGCCUCGGGUCGUGGAGGAGGCACGGAGCCAUUUUAACUGUCCUAUCUUGGAAGGAAUGGAACUUGAAAACCAGGGAGGAACUGGAACUGAACUGAACCACUGGGAGAAGAGGCUGCUGGAGAACGAGGCAAUGACGGGCUCCCACACCCAGAAUCGUGUCUUUUCCCGGCUGACGCUGGCCAUCAUGGAGGACAGCGGCUGGUACCGAGCCAACUACAGCCUGGCUCAGAGGCUGGACUGGGGUCAUGGCCUUGGCUGUGACUUUGUGAUGAAAAGCUGCAAGUUCUGGAUGGACAAGCAGAGAGAAAGACGUCAUGCCGUGAUGCCGUACUGUGGCACCGUGCGAGCGUCUCCUCUCCAGCUGACCUGCAGGCAGGACCAGCUGGCUGUUGCCGUGUGCAACUUGCAGAAGUACCCACAGGAGCUGCCGCUGGAGUACCAGUAUUUUGACCAGAUCCCGGACGUGGCGGAUGAUCAGCUGUCGUACUUUGGUGGUGCUGUUGAGAUCGCGGACUACUGUCCGUUCAGUCAGGAGUUCAGCUGGCACCUGAGUGGAGAAUAUCAAAGAAACUCUUACUGCAGAGUAUCUGAGAACCAGCCAGACUGGUGGAGGAACUAUGGCGCGGAGCAGUACGGUGCAGAUUCUGUGUGUUUGUACCAGAAGUCAGCCUUUGUGAUGGAGCAGUGCACCAGGAAGAUGACCUACCCUGACUGGGGCUCUGGCUGCUACAAGGUGUCGUGUUCGCAUCAGGGCGUGACUGUGUACGUUCAGGAUCACCCGUUCCACUGCCUCCGUAAAGGGCAGCUGCUGAGUGUCAGCGUGCGGCUCAACGGCUGGGUCUACAACGGCAUGCUCGUCUGCCCCGCCUGCACCGACUUCUGUGACGACUGUCCCCACCCACACCAGCUCCCGCCCAUCAACACCACCAGGAGUAAUCCCAUUGGUCCGUCUCACGUCCAGAUGAAUCCGUGUUCCAGUUCUCCAGGACUCGCCAUCACUUUGUGGCUGCUGUUGCUCAACCUGCUACCCGUAGUGGCUGGACUGCUGCUCUGCCAUUGCAGCUGAUACACACACAUACACACACCCACUUUGUCCUCAAACUCCAAGCAUCUCAGUAUCAUUAUUUAUUAUUUUGUCACAUCAUUCCUUCAAAUGAUAGAGAAUUAUCACCACUUUUGGAAAUCAAAAUGUCAGAUAACAAAAUAAAACUGUUUGGGGGCGAACAGAAAAACCUCAACUUACUGAAAUGACGUUAUAUAUUUUUAAUGUUGUAUUUGAAAUAUGUAGGUUAAAUGAAAAAUGGCCUUUUUGAGGAAAAAUCUGAAUUAAAAACAACAAGAACAGAAUUAUCAGUAGUUUUGAGAAUGCGAUAUGUUAAUACAGCAAACUUAAAUUUUCACAUGAAUUAUUAAUUGAUAAGAAAAAAAUAAAGGGAUAAAGUCACUAAUUUGAGAAUCAUAUUUUACAU